CUGUCAGGAUGAAUGCUCUCAUUUGCUUGAUGUGAGUGUAACUUUAAUUUAUGUAUCCAUUUAUCCCGCAUUUACCAAGUAUGCUCUAAAUGUCAGAUGCCAUACCAGGUGGGGAGGACACAGGUAGGGUCCACCUGAUUCCUGCCCUGUACAGGCUAGUGGGGGAGACAGUCAAGGAAAAGGGGAGGAACCAGAUGGCACCAGGGUUCUUUGGGGGCGCAGAAGAAAAAGGGAUGUGGGAGGCAGCCCUGGAGGGUGCUAUGCAAGGUCUUUGAGAGCCAAAGGAGCAGCCUGUGCAAAGGCAGAGGGGAGGCUUUAAGCUUCUCUCUUAGGAGCCUACUUGGUGCUAUUAGCCAAGAAGGGGAGCCUAAAAGAGGUUUGGAUGCAGGGGGCUUUUGGGGGGUGGGCCGUGGCGGGGGGUGCGUUUGGAAAGGAGAGGGAGCAUGUGAGCAGAAAACUGACGACACUUCACUCCUCCAAGUGUUUGCUGCCCCCCUGUGGUCUCAGGGACUGCUGUGGCUCCAGGCCCCUUUGCGUCCGCCUGCCCGCCACCCCCACCGGCGCGGUCUCACUGGCAUCUCAAAUUCAGCACGUCUGAACCUGGGAGUCAUCCUAGACUCCUCCCUCCUAAUCCGUCCCAACCAACAGUCGCCAAACCUGCUGGUAUCUUCCAACUUAAUCUACUUUUCCCCAUUCCCACCGCUCUCUCUCUUGGCUCAUUCUUUCAACAAAUGAUUUAACAGAUAUUUGAGCGCUUAUUGUACGCGGGGCAACGUACGAAUCUCCGUGGACGUGCCCCCCGGGAUCUCGAGGCCAGGAGUCACCAGCGGUUGCGGCCCUCUCCCGCCUGUGCUGCAGCCACAGGGAGCUGUGCACACGAACCGGUUUGACUUGCGCCUGGUAAAAACGCCCGUGCCCACAGGGUGAGGUCUAAGCUCGGAACUCGGUGACCAAGGCUCUCGCCCCCGCAGCAGCGGCCACUUCACUCUGGCUCCUGUCCAAAGUGAAACCCGCUUCUCCGCCCUUGCUACUGCAGUGUGCUCAAAGGGUAACGCCCUCCCUGUCAUCUUCUAAGGGCCAAAUCCUCCGCAUCCUUCGGACGCGGAGCUCCUCCGACGGCCGCCCCUCUCCGCCGAAGGGCUCUCUCCGUCCCAACAGGCGUGCUCCUUGCCCGGGGCGCAGCAGCGGAGACCGCCAGAGGGCCCCGGGUCCGCGCGUGCCGCGGCAGCUCACUCCCAGGCGUGCCGGCACCUCUCGCUUUGCGGGCGGAGGCGCCGCGGGCCCCGCCCUCAGGCACCGCCCCGUCCGGCUCGCGCGGCCCCGCGGGCUCGGCGCGCUCCCGGCGCGCGCCAUCUUGGCUUCGGAUCCAACGUGGAGAGUGCGUGGCCGCGACGUGGGCAGCAAGAUUUAGACACGACAGCAAGCCGGAUGGAGCACUACCGGAAAGCUGGCUCUGUGGAACUCCCGGCACCUUCCCCGAUGCCCCAGCUACCUCCUGAUACCUUGGAGAUGCGGGUCCGAGAUGGCAGCAAAAUCCGCAACCUGCUGGGCCUGGCACUGGGGCGGUUGGAGGACGGCAGUGCAAGGCACGUGGUGUUCUCAGGUUCUGGCCGCGCUGCAGGCAAGGCUGUCAGCUGUGCUGAGAUUGUCAAACGGCGGGUACCAGGCCUGCACCAGCUUACCAAGCUGCGUUUCCUGCAGACCGAGGACAGCUGGGUGCCAACCUCACCUGACACAGGUCUAGAUCCCCUCACAGUACGCCGUCAUGUGCCUGCAGUAUGGGUCCUGCUCAGCCGAGACCCCCUGGACCCCAAUGAGUGUGGGUACCAGCCCCCAGGGGCACCUCCUGGCCUGGGCCCCACACCUACCUCCAGCUGUGGCCCCCGACCCCGAAGAAGGGCUCGAGACACGCGGUUCUGAAGAUCUGCUUGCAAGCUCUUCUCCAGGCCUGAAUGUCUAGGAUGGCUGUGCUGUCUUUGAGAAGCCUCUGUAACUGCUCAACAUCCCCAACAAGACUUGGGUCUACAGAAGUGGGCCUCCCUGUCCUGCUUCCGCUUCCCUCUGGCUUGUGGAAAGGGACUGCUAUGAAGAGUGGCAGGUGUGGUGUCUCUGCUGGGUUCUGGAUUGCCUUCUACCUAUAGUGCCUCUGAUAAGCCUUCCGACAGAGGUCCAAGGAAUGGGUUAGGAAAUAAAUGUUCUACCCAUUUGUCUGAUGAGCCUCCGCUUGGCCUGCUGUGUGGAGGUGGGAUUAAAGGAAUGGGAGUCCCUGCCCUUGACCCCCAGGAGCUCACAGGCUAGAGACAGAAAGGGUAGGCUCAGGCUGGCGCUGGGAGGAUCUAGAGUCAAUAAGAAGCCUCAAGCAGUAACCUGUGUCUAGACCCCUGGGUGGCUGCUUCCUGUUUUGGGCUGGUAUAAGGACUCUGCCAGCUGAGACAUUUUUCUCCAUCUGCAGCAUAUAGACAUACCUCACUUUAUUGCACAUUGCAGUUACUGCAUUUUUUACAAAGUGAAUGUUUGUGGCAAGCCUGCGUUGAACAAGUCUGUCAGUGCCAUUUUUCCAACAGUGUUUUCUCACUUUGUGUCUCUGUCACAUUUUGAUAAUUCUCACAAGGUUUCAAACUUUUUCAUUAUUAUAUUUAUUAUAGAUCAGUGAUCUUUGAUGUUACUACUAUAACUUGUUGAAGGCUCAGAUGAUGGUUAGCAUUUUUUACAAUAAAAUAUUUUUAAGCUAAGGUAUAUUUACAUUGUUUUUUUAGACUUAGUGCUGUCGUACUCUUGAUAGACUACGGUACAGUGGAAACAACUUUUGUAAGCACUGGGAAACCAAAAAAUUCAUGUGACUCACUGUAUUGAGAUCUUCAUUUUAUUGAGGUGGUCUGGAACUGAACCCAAAGUAUCUCUGAGGUAUGCCUGUAUAAUAGUACAGUGGUUAAGAUCAUGGUCUUGGGCACCAGACUGCCUGGAUUUGAAUCCUGGUUCUACCACUUACUGGCAAAUUAUUGCUGUGCGACCUUGGGCAAGUUAUUGCUCUGUGCCUUAGUAUUCUCAUCCAUAAAACAAGAUAUAGUGCUUACCUCAUAGGAGUGUUAUGAGGAUUAAAUGUAGAAAUAUACAUACGAUUCCUAGAUACCACCUGGGCCUGUAUCCACUCAGCCCUCCAUAUCUGUGGAUGCAGAACUUGUGGAUACAGAGGGCUGACUACCACACCAUUUCAUUUUAUUUUUUUAAGAACUUUUAUUGAGAUACAAUUGACAUACAAUAAACUGCAUAUAUUGAAAGUGUACAAUUUGAUUUUUUUUUCCUAUUAGUAAUGUGUAUAUGGCAAUCCCAAUCUCCCAAUUCAUCCCCCCCCCCCCCCCCCCCCGCUUUCCCUCUUGGUGUCCAUAUGUUUGUUCUCUACAUCUGUGUCUCUAUUUCUGCCUUGCAAACUGGUUGAUUUGUACCAUUUUUCUGUAUUCCGCAUAUAUGUGUUAAUAUACAGUAUUUGUUUUUCUGACUCA